AUAUGUAUUUAUAUAUAUAUGUAUAUACUAUAAAAUUGUGUAGAUAGGGCGGACUUAUGAAUCACACGUCUCGUGUCAGUACGUUGUAUAAUAAAAGAUGUAAAGUAGUGUGUAUGCAUUGCAUACAAUACAAUUGUUAAUAUAUUGAACGGUGCAAAGAAUGGAUCGAAAAUGUUCUAUUAUUUCCGAUUGCAAGCGAAACAAAUUGAUUUGAAGAUGUAAAAAAGUUCAUUAGUUUAUAUCGAAAUAGAAAAAUAAGAAAAUUCGAAUUGACAGCAACUAAAUAGAACGAACCAAAGCCAUCCCCUUUUUCUCAUCCCCACCAUCUGGGCGGUGCUAUGGGGGAAAUAUUUGUAUGUACAGUGUGUGUUCAAAUUAUAUAUAUCUUGAGGUUUAUGAAAUAAUUAAAAAAAAACCUUUCGUUAUUCAUUUCACGUCAUAAGAUAAUGCAACAAUAACAAAUAAAUGUAUUCUACUUUGUAAUAUCAUUGCUCAAUUAUACAUAUAACUUAGCAAAGACUAUGAGGAUUUAAUUAUUGUUAAUAAUAAGAGAUAAGUCAUGGCUACCGACAAAGUAACUUUGAGUGAUGCUCUUUCAAAUGUCGAUGUACUAGAUGAAUUUACUUUGCCGGAUGAACAACCUUGCAUCGAAGCUCAACCAUGCUCCGUUGUCUAUCAAGCUAACUUUGAUACUAACUUUGAAGAUAGAAAUGGUUUUGUUACCGGUAUUGCCAAAUAUAUCGAAGAGGCUACUGUUCAUGCUAGCUUGAAUGAACUAUUAGAAGAAGGAUUAGAACAUGCUGUUAUGUUAUAUACAUGGAGAUGUUGUUCGCGUGCUAUUCCACAACCAAAGUCAAACGAACAACCAAAUAGAGUUGAAAUUUAUGAAAAAACAGUAGAAGUACUUGGACCUGAAGUUAAUAAAUUGUUAAAUUUUAUGUAUUUUCAACGGAAAGCCAUAGAAAGAUUUUCUGGAGAGGUAAAACGCUUAUGUCAUCAUGAAAAAAGAAAAGAUUUUGUAUCUGAAGCAUAUUUGCUGACUUUGGGAAAAUUUAUUAAUAUGUUUGCUGUCUUGGAUGAAUUGAAGAAUAUGAAGUCUAGUGUCAAAAAUGAUUAUUCUACGUACAGAAGAGCUGCACAAUUUUUAAAAGUUAUGUCAGAUUCUCAAACGCUUCAAGAAUCUCAAAAUUUAUCAAUGUUUUUGGCAACGCAAAACAAAAUACGUGAUACAGUGAAAGAAAAUUUAGAAAAAAUUCCUGGUUACGAAGAGUUAUUAGCAGAUGUUGUAAAUAUAUGCGUUUAUAUGUUUGAAACUACUAUGUAUCUUACUCCUAACGAAAAACAUAUGUUAGUCAAAGUUAUGGGAUUUGGUUUAUUCUUGAUGGAUAGUGAAUUAUGCAACAUUAACAAACUGGAUCAAAAAAAGAAAUUGAAAUUAGAUAGAAUUGAUAGAAUAUUUAAAAAUUUGGAAGUAGUACCAUUAUUCGGCGAUAUGCAGAUUGCACCAUUUAAUUAUAUUAAACGUUCGAAACAUUUUGAUGCUUCCAAGUGGCCGCUUUCUUCGUCUUCCAACAGUAUAAGCCCACAAGCUGGUCUUAUGGUUCAUCUGCCUCAAAUUAGGGAUGAUCAUGUAAAGUAUAUAAGCGAAUUAGCAAGAUAUAGUAAUGAAGUAACAACAACUUACAAGGAAUGCGGUAGUGAUAUAGAAAAUAGUGAAACCGCGGAAUUAGCUUUACGUGGAUUACAAUUACUUUCUCAGUGGACAAGCGUUGUAACGGAACUUUAUAGUUGGAAAUUGCUUCAUCCAACUGAUCAUCAUAUGAAUAAGGAAUGUCCUCAAGAAGCAGAAGAAUACGAAAGAGCCACACGUUAUAAUUAUACAGACGAAGAAAAGUUUGCGCUUAUCGAAGUCAUUGCAAUGAUUAAAGGAUUGCAAGUAUUAAUGGCACGCAUGGAGACAGUAUUUAUUGAUGCAAUACGUCGUAAUAUUUAUGCAGAAUUACAAGAUUUUGUACAGCUUGCUUUACGUGAGCCCCUAAGAAAAGCUAUUAAAAAUAAAAAAGAUCUUAUUCGAAGUAUAAUUGUUUCCGUGAGAGAAACUUGCGCCGAUUGGCACUUCGGAGUUGAACCGUUAGGAGAUCCUGCUUUAAAAGGAAAGAAAGAUCCAGAUAAUGGAUUUGGUAUAAAAGUUCCACGAAGAAAUGUCGGUCCUUCCUCAACACAACUCUAUAUGGUUCGUACUAUGUUGGAAUCAUUAAUUGCUGACAAGAGUGGUGGGAAGCGUACAUUAAGAAAAGAUAUCGAUGGACAAUAUCUUGUACAAAUUGAUCAAUUUCAUAAAACCAGUUUUUAUUGGAGUUAUCUUUUGAAUUUUAGUGAAUCAUUACAAAAUUGUUGCGACUUGUCGCAGUUAUGGUAUAGAGAAUUUUAUUUAGAAAUGACUAUGGGUCGAAAAAUACAGAAAUGUCAAGUGCGCCAUCAGCAUAAUGAGGAAUGCAGCGAUUUAAUAACAAUGGAGAAACGAAUUCAGUUUCCAAUUGAAAUGUCUAUGCCUUGGAUAUUGACCGAUCAUAUACUAAGGAGCAAAGAACCAUCAAUGAUGGAGUAUGUUCUAUAUCCCUUGGAUCUGUACAAUGACAGUGCAUUGUAUGCAUUAACAAUAUUUCGUAAACAAUUUCUUUACGAUGAAGUGGAGGCUGAAGUUAAUUUAUGUUUUGAUCAGUUUGUUUACAAAUUAAGCGAACAAAUUUUUGCUCAUUAUAAACAAUUAGCUGCUAGUAUUUUAUUAGAUAAACGAUUUAGAGUAGAAUGCGUAGCCUUAGGGGCAUAUUUACUUUCUUAUCCUCGUGCUAAUAGAUAUGAAACUUUAUUAAAACAACGACAUGUUCAAUUAUUGGGAAGAAGUAUUGAUUUAAAUAAAUUAAUUACGCAACGUAUCAAUGCUGACAUGCAAAAAUCAUUAGAUUUAGCGAUCAGUAAAUUCGAAUCUGGAGAUAUCACAGGAGUAGUGGAAUUAGAAGGAUUAUUACAAGUCAAUCGGCUUACUCAUAAACUAUUAAGCAAAUGGCUUGCACUUGACGAAUACGAUGCUAUGUUCAGAGAAGCAAAUCAUAAUGUUCUUGCUCCGUAUGGAAGAAUAACGCUUCACGUAUUUUGGGAAUUGAAUUAUGACUUUUUACCAAAUUAUUGUUAUAAUGCUGCAACAAAUAGGUUUGUUAAAUGUCGUGGUCUUCAAUUUGUACAACCGGUACAUAGAGAUAAACCUCCACAAAUGUCUCAUCAUUAUCUCUGGGGUAGCAAGCAAUUAAAUUUAGCAUAUAGUACCCAAUACGGACAGUAUUCUGGAUUUGUUGGGCCAUAUCAUUUUCGUACAAUGUGUAAAUUAUUAGGGUAUCAAGGUAUAGCUGUAGUUAUGGAAGAACUUUUAAAAAUAGUCAAGUCAUUAAUUCAAGGAAGCUUACAUCAAUUCACUAAAACGUUAAUGGAAGCUAUGCCAAAAGUUUGUAAGCUUCCUCGUUAUGAUUAUGGAUCUCCCGGAGUAUUAGGAUAUUAUCAUGCACAGUUAAACGAUAUCGUACAAUAUCCUGAUGCUAAAACAGAACUAUUUCAUAAUUUUCGAGAAUUCGGUAAUACUAUAUUAUUUUGCCUUCUGAUGGAGCAAGCACUUUCGCAAGAAGAAGUUUGUGAUUUAUUACAUGCAGCACCAUUCCAAAACAUAUUACCUAGACCUUACUGUAAAGAGGGUGAGAAACCAGAAACCAAACAAAAGCGACUUGAAGCCAAAUAUGCAGCAUUACAGAUUGUACCAAAUGUAGAUAAAUUGGGCAAUGCUAAGCAAGCAAUGAUUGCUAGAGAAGGAGACUUGCUAACAAGAGAACGACUCUGUUGCGGCUUGUCAAUAUUUGAAAUAGUACUUAGCAGAUUACGCAGUUUCUUAGAUGAUCCUAUUUGGGUUGGGCCACCGCCUGCGAAUGGAGUUAUGAAUGUGGACGAAUGUACAGAAUUCCAUAGACUUUGGAGCGCUCUACAAUUUGUAUAUUGCAUUCCAGUCGGAGAUACAGAAUUUACCGUAGAGGAAUUAUUCGGUGAAGGCUUACAUUGGGCUGGAUGCGCUAUGAUAGUUUUACUUGGCCAACAAAGAAGGUUCGAAGCUCUUGACUUUUGCUAUCAUAUUCUCAGAGUACAGCGUGUAGAUGGCAAGGAUGAAAAUGUCAAAGGAAUUCGUUUAAAACGAAUGGUGGAUCGUAUAAGGAGAUUCCAAGUAUUAAAUUCUCAAAUUUUUGCCGUAUUAAAUAAGUAUUUAAAAAGUGGAGAUAGCGAUGCAACCAGCGUAGAACAUGUUCGUUGUUUUCCUCCACCGAUACAUCCUUCGCUCGCACACGCUCAACAACAUUAUCAUGCUCCGGAAUACUUACGCCAAAUGAAUCAUCAAUGAAGGACUAUUGCACAACUGCUUCCAAUAUGAUAACUAUUUCUUCCUAUAUCCAAUUAAUUAAUAAACAUGAAAUAUUUGGGAUACUUCAGUGAAACAUUUUUAAUACGUGCAAUGAGAUAUAAUAUAUACACAGUGUAUAUAUUGUUUAUCCAUCG